AUGGAUUUGGCCAAAAGUUCAAAUGGCUCACUAGAAAGAGAGGCCCGGCGAAAGAGGAUUGUUUUGAACCAACAUCAAAAAGAUACCCUCCAGGCGUGGUUUGAAAAGAAUCCCUAUCCUGGUAUAGCUGCCAGGGAUCAACUGGCCAAAGAAAUUGGCAUUCCAGAGCCUAGAAUUCAGGUUUGGUUUCAGAACCACAGAUCGAGACAGAGACGACUGGGGUUAAAAUGCUGCUUUGAGGAAUAUCAAACCCAGGGACAGACUAAUCCUCAGUUUGGGACUCAAGCGAAAGAAGCUGGACGAAUUCGAACAUCUAUCACAAGAUCUCAAGUUAGUAUCCUAGUUCAAGCCUUUGAGAAGAAUCAGUUCCCUGGAAUUGCUACCAGGGAAGAACUGGCUAAACAAACCGGCCUUCCAGAAUCCAGAAUUCAGAUAUGGUUUCAGAACCGAAGAGCUCAACAUCCUGACUGGGGCAGAGGUGGACCCCUGAAUUCCCUGGCAGCAGGCCCAAGCCGGAGACCUCACGUGACUGUGAAGCUGGAGCAAAGCCACCUGUGCGCUGCCCCACACAGCUCUGCUCCCGUUCCUCCUUCCAAGUUUUUCAGCAGCAAACAGUUCUUUGUACUGGCUUUUCUCCCAUUCUACAUGUCCUUGAUUCCUUGGGAUCCCUUUGGGGGCUGCAUGAGCCGGGAACCAGGGGUUAUGAUGCUUCAGCCUACCCAGCAAGACACAGCUCUCUCUAUGCAAUGCUGGAAUGAGUGUCUCCAGUCUCUUAUUGCUGAUGGGAACCUUGUAAAAGGACCUGCAUAUCCUGGACAAACUGAGACACCGGUGGCAGCGCAGGCCCUACCCCUUGAAAAGCCAUCACACUACUUGACUGACCAUACCAGCACUAUGGAUAAACUUGAAGCUUUUUAG